CACACGAAAUCCCUGGAGGACGGCCACAACCUGAUGAACAACUUGAACAUGAUGAACGUGACCACCCUCCAGAAGGAAUACCCCUACGUGCCGUGGAUGGAGUAUCUGAGCCGCACGCUGCCUCCAAGUGUCAACCUGACUGAAGCCGAGAUGAUCGUUGUCGAGGAUCCGGGUUACCUGAAAGGCCUGGGCGCUGAGCUCGCCAAGGUACCUAAGAGGACCCUAGCCAACUUCAUGGUGUGGCGCGCGCUUCAGGACUCCGCGCUGCCCUACAUGACCAAGCAGGCCAGGAAAAACGUGGGGGAGGACCAAGACGACCGACCAGACAGCUGUGUCAAGCUGGUACAGCACCAAUUGAGGAUGGCGACGGCGGCCAUGUACGUCCGCAGGUUCUUUUCGGAGGAGGCGAGAAAGAAGGCCCGGGAAAUGGCCCUGGAUGUCAGCAAGGAAAUGUACCGCCUGCUGGAGUCCGUCGACUGGAUGGACCCCACGACCAGGCGAUCGGCCAUGAUGAAGGCGGAGGUCAUGGGCUACCACAUCGGCUUCCCCGACGAGCUGCUCAACGACACCGUCCUGGACGACCACUACAGCUGGGUCGAGCUGGACGAGGGCCGCCUGAUGGAGAACGUCAUGGCCCUCGACAAGGAGAGCAACCGCCGCUCGCGGGAGAAGCUCCGCACCCGAGUCAAGAAGAGCGACUGGACGUACAUGACGGGCUUUGCGGACGUCGUCAACGCGUACUACGCCCACGGGGAGAACAGCCUUAGCAUCCCCGCCGGCAUCCUGCAGGGCGCGUUCUUCCAAAAGGACCGGCCACAGUACAUGAACUACGGCGCCAUCGGCUUCGCCAUCGGCCACGAGGUGUCGCACGGCUUCGACGAGACUGGCGGCCUCUUCAACAUGAACGGGCUCAUGGAGAACUGGUGGGAGGAAGAGACGAGGAAGCGUUUCGACGAAAAAGUGCGAUGCAUCGUUGACUUGUACAGCACUUUGAAGAGCGAGGAGCUGAACGUCACGGUGAACGGGGUGCUGACGCAGAGCGAGAACAUCGCAGACAACGCGGCCCUCAAGUUGGCGUACCAGGCCUACAGAAGGUACACGUCGAGGCACGGCCAGGAACCGCGCGUUGUUAUUCCUACCACCGUGCACCCCUCGGAGACCCCAACGGAAGGGGUAGGUAAGCCAGCUGUGCCGACACCGACGAGCAUCUCUCUCAAGCCCAAGCAGAUGUUCUGGCUGUCUUUCGCCUCCGUUUGGUGCGGCAAGAAUUCGAAGGCAGAACUUAACCGAAAGCUGAGGACCAGCUCCCACUUGCCGGGACAAUACCGCGUCAACGGCGCUGUGCGGAACCAGGCGGCGUUCGCGGCGGACUUCAACUGCCCGCUUGGGACACCGAUGAACCCCAUCCACAAAUGUGAGGUGUGGUGAUUUAGGUCUUAACUUCUAUCAAGUACAAAAUACUCGUCUAGUCUUUGUGAAUACAUUAAUUCGUUCCAUAAUUUUUGUUUCUGUAAAUAUCGUCGUCGUAUUCUGCGAGUACUCUGUGAGUAUGAGCAAUUCUUUAGUGUAAAUAGUAAGUAAUUAAUAAGCGUAUGAAUCAGAACACAAGUUAUUUGUUUUUUUCUGUAAGAACUUUGUAUGAAAUUACCACUGUGUAAGGGAAGGGCUUCAUCACCGUUGCUGCUUCCAAUUUGAAAAAAAAAAACCUUUUUUUAGAACUCUCAA